AAAUUUUACUCAUAAUUGGGUUUGCUUGCUUGCUUCUUCUCAACCUUUCUUCCACCCUAUUAAGCUGAAGGUGUUCGUCCAUGUCAUUGCCGGGUCAUUGCCAUGGAUCAGUAGGUAGCACAUCAUCUCAUCAUCCACCUGCCAUUGCCAGCCAUAUCAUCUAGCUCGCAAAUCCUCAAGAACUCCAAGAAACCAAUUCACUAUUGCAUUGCCAUGAGGAGAGGAGGAGGAGGAGGAGGAGGAGGGUUGCACCAUGGCGGCGCGGUGGCGAGGGCCGGGAGGGUGCUGAGGGCGGCGGCGGCGGCGUUCUUCCAUGGGUACCAUUGCUACACCUCCGUGGCGGGGCUGCUGGUGCUGCCGUUCUCGGCGGCCGUGCUGGCGUCGGGGGCGGCGGCGGCGUCGUCGGGGACGCUGAGGGCGGUGUCGGCGAGGAUGCGGGGCGUGUUCGACGCCGCCGGGUUCCCGCCGUCGGCGUUCUUCGCGCUGCUGAACGCGAAGCUGUCGCAGACGGUGUUCACGUUCACGGCGGCGCUGCCGUUCGCGCUCACGUUCCUGCUGCUCGCCAAGGCGUGCGUCGCGGCGAUGCUCCGGCCGGACGACGCCGCGGGCGGUGGCGGCGCGGCGCGGCGGCGGAGGGCAGAGGGGAGGGCGCCCGUGGCGCUCCCGCCGUGCGCGAGCGUCGCCGGCGCGUACCCGGCGCUGGUGGCGACGCACCUGCUCGGCUCGUUCGUCAUGCUGUCCGCGAACGCCGCCGUGUUCUCGCUGCUCUUCCUCGCCUUCAACGGCGCCGACCUGCUCGGCCUCACCUCCCACCCGGCGACGCUGGCGCUCUCCGCCGCGGGCGCCAUCGCCUACUCGGUGGCCGUCGGCAUCGCCACCGUGGUCUGCAACCUCGCCGUGGUGGUGGCCGCCAUGGAGCGCCGCGCCGGCCACGCCGCGCUGCUCAGGGCGUGCGUCGUCAUCCGGGGCCGCGUGCCCACCGCGCUGGCGCUGGCGCUCCCGACCAACCUCGGCAUGGCCGCGGCGGAGGCUCUCUUCCAGCUCCGUGUCGUCUCGCACCACCGCCGCGCCGCCGGGUGGACGAAGCUCGCGCCAGGCGUCGCCGGCGAGGCCUUCUCCAUCGCCUACAUCCACGCGCUCUGCGUCGUGCUGGAGAUCAUCGUCAGCUGCAUGUUCUACCGGAGCUGCACGAGGAGUGACGCCGACGAGCUCAGAGAGCUGGAGCCCGACGACAAGGGUGAUCUCCAAGCUUGAGCUCAGCUUCAGCUUCACUCUCAAGUGAACAACAACAACAAAAAAAAAGCAUAGAGAUAGCAUUUCAAAAUUCACAUAGUUUUGCAAUUCUGAGAAGCAUAUUGAAUUGGGAUAGAAUUAAUUAUGCAAAUUGUUUUUCUUUUUGUUGCCAACAAGUAAAUGGUAUUCUCUAUUUUAUAUUACAAGACUCUUCGAGUUUGAUUAGAUUUAUCCAUGUAUCAAUGUAUAUGUGUGUAGACUCAUUAGUAUACGUGGUUCUCUUGUACAGUAGCAAACACACUGUUGACUAAACAAGCAGGACAGUUUGCAUUUCUUCAUAUUUCACAUUCUCUUAACAUUUAACAUAUAAUCUUG